CCCAGCAGAGUGCAGAGAUAUGCAAACGCUGUGGCAGCGGGCAGCCAGGUAGCCCAGGCACCCAACAGUUGCUGAGCGCUCCGAGGUGGGUCUGGAAAGACUGUUUGCUCAGCAGGGAGCUGGGUUCCCCGAAGCUCUCUGAUUUCUUCAGAUUAUCUGAUAGCAGUCUCUGAUGUUUACCAGUUUCAGGGAGAUCAGGCCACUGUGAAUUUUUUUUUUUUCUGUAAUAAAACUAGCCCCAGCCGGCCAGACUGGGAACUUACUGCCUGAGCUGCUUUCCAACAUGGUUUUGCUGGCAAAACUAGACAAGAAUGUUUCCUCGACUCUCAAGGGGCCUGUUUACACUGACUUUAUUUUUACUGCCAGCUUUCAAGUGAGAAGAGGGAGAUUAUAUUUAAAGAUGACAUGCGAAGGCUCCCAAUUCCAACAUGAGAGCUGGAGGGAAGAAUUGGGAAGGGAAGUCACUGGUCCGUGUACACAUUGCCAAAGAAAUUCAGCACCUAGACCAACGUUCCUGGGAAACUAACUUGCACCUGUUGUCCUCCUUUGAGUGACGGACCAUAGCAUUGCUGCUCUACUAACAGUCGACCAAGAAACCAUGAAGUCCCCGUCCACAGGAGACUUGGAAGACUAUCUCCUGAGUAAGGUAUAUCGAAUAUUGCUUCCAGUCAGUUCCUGGAAAGGCUCAGCAGCCCCUCGAGGGGGACACUCGUCAAGGCGCCAGCCUAUAGGUGCUGCCUGAGCAACAGAACAGAGCCCUCCAUUUCAGAAAACCCUUAUGGACUCUUCCCAUUUCUCCUUCUCUUGGAUCUUUGGCAGUUCUGAUUUGGGGGAACUUGCAGUGUGGAGUCUGAAGAAACAUAAACAUGUGCCUUUUCUUAUGAGUCUAGUAGCAAAAGGAGGGGUGGACUUGAGGAGCCGGCAGAUCUCCCAGAUUGUGGAGGAGGUGCAGAGGGUCGUCCACCGUCUGACCACAGAAAUCAGCCUCCAAGACCUCCGAUUUCAGGCUGUGCCUUACUCCGACACCUACAACGGGAACAUUAAGGUUUUGGCCCCCAGCCAGCUCCUUGUCACAGUCCCGGUGAAGGGCCUGGCGGGGUACAGGGAGGCCAGGAAGCAGCGCUGGCGGUACUACACCCUGCAGGGCGCCAGGCUCCCCUGUCCCUUGCAGGACCCCGAGGGCCUGCGGCAGUGGCUGGCGGUGGAGCAGUUCAUGAAGAGCCAAUGGCAGUGGCAUGAGGCAGACGUGAACAUUGAGGGAGAUAUCGUGCCCGCCAAGGUCCUCCAGGUGUUCCGGAAGCUGGUAGAAAACGCAAUUGGAACCUGUCAGCUCUCAGGUGAGGUCAGCUUGCUGACACAGCGCUCGGCAGUGUGGGUUGCCGUGGAAACGUCGGCAGGGCAGGUGGAACUGGAGCUGGUCCCCGCGGUGGAGAUCCCCACUGCCUGGUCGGCGAAGGCCCGCUGGCCGCCCUGCCUGACGCGCUGGCCUUCCCGACAGCGAGUGGAGUGCAUCAAGUCGUUCGGGUUUGCCCUGUUGGCGUCUUCACGUUACCACUGGCAGCAGAGCUUCCUGCAGGCCGAGCAGGUGCUGCUGGCCCAGCUGGAUGAAGACGGCGGCUGCCGCAGGAAGUGCCUCCGGGCCCUGAGGCAGAUGAAGGAGGACGUCUGGUGUCCGGGAAAGAGGCCUGUCCUCACGUCCCACCACCUGCAGACCGUGCUCUUCUGGACCUGUGAGAAAUACCCCCACUUGAAAGACUGGCAGGCAUUCGGCAAAGCCUUCCUGCGCCUCGUACGGAAGCUGCACAAGUGUGUGAGCCAGCACUUUCUGAAGCACUAUUUUGUGCGCAAGAGCAACCUCCUCCAGUAUGCCGGCUCGGGUGAGCUGGACGCCGUGGCCCAGAAACUGGUUCUCUUCCUGAAGAAUCCCCAGGUGUGCCUGCCCUGAGGCUGCCCCCGCCUGGGAGGCUCUUGGACGCUUUCUCUUGGCUUGACCUCGUUCUUUGUACGAUCCUGCCUGGGAGAGAAGCAACGUACAGCACAGGAGAUGACAUGGACCCAACUGUUCCCCAAGAUGUCCACCCGGCCUUCCCUGGAGCCAGGCAAGCAUUGCAGCCCUUGCUAGCUCCCUCUCUUGGGGACAGCUGUCAUCAGGCCUCCUGCUGCCAUCGAUUCCGAGCUGAUGACAGGACUGGCCGUACUCCCCUUUGCUCAGGCUCUGAGUCUGCAGGGGAGGAUGGAGACGAGAACCCCCCGGAGGCCAGGCAUCAGCCUGCCGCCCAGGAGCAGUGCUCCAGCCCACCGACCGCCGGCUCUUCACACGCAUCCACAACGCGCAACUGUGAAUGCACCUUCCUCAGAGCAGGGCUGUGAGCCUGAGGGACGGUGCUGGUGCCCUCACGAGUGGAGGGCACUGGAUCAGCACAAAGUGUCGGUCACUGGCUGGUGGGUGUUUGCCUCCUGGAUCGGCACCGCCAACACCGCUGGUUAAGUGAUUGAUUCUGGCGGGCGGGCACGCGGGCACUGGCCUUCCUGCCCUCAGUUCUCCCGAACCGCGCCUCGGGGCUUGUGGUUCUCGCUGCUUCGCCGGUGUUCUCGAAGUGGGAAGAGGGCGGCUUUGAUGACCAGUGUGGGAAGAGAUGAGAGCACAGCUCUGUUUGCCAGCUUGCUCCGGCGACUCCCCUUUCCUUGCACCCGGUGCCUUAUAUUCUUGGAAUGGACUCAGCGCAGUGACCUCCAUGGAGCGGCUGGCUGUCACUCCUCCCAAUACCUGCCUGUGUUCACCUCCUUCACAUGGUCACUCAUGGAUAAAUGUGCACUCAUUAGGCGCUGAGAGUACAGCAAAGAGCCGCGUGGACAAAGGGCGUACCCAUUGGGGGGUGGCAUCUGAGAUCAAAGACAGGAAAUGCACAAUAGAUAAAUAAACAUGAUCGUUACAA